UUUUACUUCGAUUUCAAAGAGCUGUAUAGUUAUAUCUUAUUGUCAGUAGUUUUUAAUUUGUAAUCUUACAAUAAUUAUUUAAGUUAUUUUUUAACGCAUAAACAAUGUUGAUCAAAGUGAAGACUCUUACCGGAAAGGAGAUCGAAAUAGAUAUUGAACCUACAGAUAAAGUAGAAAGGAUCAAGGAAAGGGUGGAAGAGAAGGAAGGCAUACCACCUCAGCAACAACGAUUAAUAUUUUCUGGGAAACAAAUGAAUGAUGAGAAAACGGCGCAAGAUUAUAAGGUUCAAGGCGGAUCAGUGUUGCAUUUGGUACUCGCAUUAAGGGGGGGCUUAUAAUUAUAACAUUCCACGAUUCGGAAUGUAUGUAUGUGUGAAUAUUAAGGAAUUUACAAGAUCAACCACAAAAAUAAUAGGACGCUUUCCAAUGUUACAUGCGCGCUGUGUUUGCAAGGACUUACAAAUCGUCUUUGUACAUCAAUGUGAUUAAACGAUUACGUUUAGAAUUCAAAUAAAUAUUUAAUAAAAUAA